CGGUGAAUGAUUGGAUGAGGAAAAACUAGACCGAGGUGGCAAAACCUGAGCCAGAUUCCGCCAACCGCCAAUCCCCGGUUCCCCACCGCUCCCUCCGAGAGCCGCCGGCUGAAUCGUGACGGCGAAGACCCGGCACAGCGCCCCACGACCGUCGCGCAGCGAGGACGCCGGGGUGGCCUCCCUCGGUCGAUGGUUCGCCGCCGGCUCCAGGGCACAUGAACUCCUCUCGCUCCUCGAACGCUCUCGCGUCGAGGAGCUCUCUGACGCUGGGGGAACUCGCUUGCGCGGCGCUGUUCCCGGUGCUCGCCGUGGUGGACGCGGUCUGCCUCGCGGCCGCGCGGUGCUUCGAGAAGAGCCCGCCCAGACUGCUGUCCGCGGUCGACGCCCGCGCGCGGCUCCGGGCCCGCGGACGCCUCACGUUCCGCGAGCUCGCCGACCUCGCCGACGAGUCCUGCUGCUUCUCGGUGAACGAGGUGGAGGCGCUGUACGAGCUGUACAAGAAGAUCAGCUGCUCCAUUGUCGACGACGGCCUGAUCCAUAAGGAGGAGUUGCAGUUAGCAUUGUUCAGGACACCAUCUGGCAAGAAUCUUUUUCUAGACAGAGUUUUUGAUCUCUUUGAUGAAAAGAAAAAUUAUGUUAUUGAAUUUGAAGAGUUUAUCCAUGCAAUACGUGUGUUUCAUCCAAAUGCUCCUAUUGAAGAUAAAAUUGAUUUUUCAUUCAGACUGUAUGAUUUGAGGCAAACUGGUUUCAUUGAGCGUGAAGAGGUGAAACAAAUGGUUGUUGCUACUUUAAUGGAGUCACAGGUGGAGCUGUCUGACGAUCUUGUGGAAGCCAUAAUAGACAAGACGUUUGAAGAUGCUGAUACUGAUAAGGACAGCAGGAUUAGCAGAGAGGAGUGGAAAACUUUUGUAUUGCAGCACCCUACUGUCAUAAAGAAGAUGACACUACCUCACCUGAAGGACACUACAACGGCGUUCCCCAGCUUUGUCUUCAAUACACAGGUCGAAGACUAGAGGGUGAAACACACUCGGUCUAUAGUAGUAUUAUGGCUGCUAGGUCAUAACUUAGAGCAGAAGAUGGAGAUGAGCACUUGAGAAAGAAAACGAGUCAGCUCUGAAAAUACCUGUUGCUCCCACAGGAAGGAUCGGUGGAUAUUGGAUGGCACCAAACUAGUGCGCCAGCUGACCAGUUAAAGCUUCCAGUUGAGUUGAUUGAUACGCGAACAAGCAAGCUGCUGCUGGAAGAGUCAGAUUCACUGCUCAUGGUUUGAUAACCGGCAUGCGUACCACAUUUAUUCAUUCCAUCGCUAUCCGCAUUCUCUUUGUGCAAAUAUGACUGCGACACCUUCUAGAGCCAUUCCAUUUAUUAGAUUGAGGGUACGUAUAAGGUUGUUAUUUUUUGCGGACUUGUAAGGUUGUUCUUUAUUUCAACUUAUAGUCCCAAUUGUGCAAAGGUUUCCGCUAUUUUAAGCAGUAGCUCAAUACGAUAUUUUCUUAUCCGUCUCUAGAGUGUUCCAAUAUGAUCUUUUGAAAAUAUAUAAUAAUAAAAUUUGUUUCAUGAUGAAUCUAAUAAUAUAAAAGUUUUAAAUAUCUACAGAUUUU